CCCGAUGUGUAUUUUAAUCUCUUCUAAUCACCUGUAACACACAAAUUUUCACAUAAAAGCAUGCCAACGGUCUCUAUCGCCUCACCCUUGGCGUCUUGUAUUUAAGCUCCGUCACGCGACGCGUUUUGCAUUUCGUACACCACUUAAACUGCAGCUCAGCAGUAGCAACACCACUACCACCACCACCACCACACCUUAAGGCUCCUCAACCCGGGUCUCCUGCCACCAAGAGCCAAAUACUUGACCAACAAUAAAACCGUUGAGUUUCGCCCAAUCCCGCCUGAACUGGCUUUUUAAGUACACAAGGUUUUAGCUUUUCACCAGAACAAUGUCCACGACAGCUAGAAGAAGGCUUAUGCGCGAUUUCAAGCGCAUGCAGCAGGAUCCUCCUGCCGGUGUCUCUGCAUCUCCUGUGUCGGAUAAUGUUAUGCUGUGGAACGCUGUCAUCAUUGGCCCGGCUGACACUCCAUUCGAGGAUGGAACAUUCAAGCUUGUUCUGUCCUUUGACGAGCAGUACCCGAACAAGCCUCCGUUGGUCAAGUUUGUUUCCAACAUGUUCCAUCCGAACGUGUAUGCAAACGGCGAACUUUGCUUGGAUAUUCUCCAAAACCGCUGGUCUCCUACCUACGAUGUUGCCGCCAUUUUAACGUCCAUUCAAAGCCUUCUUAAUGAUCCAAAUAAUGCCUCUCCUGCCAAUGCUGAAGCUGCUCAACUUCACCGUGAAAACAAAAAGGAGUACAUCCGCAGAGUUCGCAAAACGGUUGAAGACUCCUGGGAAAGUUGAGCGCUGUAUCUUGUUCGCGAUCAUUCGUGUGCCCUGCAAGCAAUUUAUCACAUGUUCCCAUUGACAAGCCCUUACUGUCACUGUGUAAAUGCGUUUGUUGGCUGAAUCGCAUAUUUUCUGCAAAUCAGCGACGAUGACAUGCUUUAGAGACAUUCAAAAGGACAAUUGAAUAAACGGUGCGCCAUUAUUUACCGUCCUGCACAAUUGUUCUCUGUUAUCCCUUCCCUCUUUGCCGUCUCCAAUGAAAAAAGCACUGCAACUGUUACUGUUGUUAACGUUACAAAUUAUUUUUUUAUAUAUUCCAAACUCAAACUAGAACUAAAAUGAACCAAAAAUGAAGACCCAACAAACCAGCGACCGGAAAACCGUUAGAGGAGUGCUUGAGGCGAUGUACAGUCGAAAUUGGAAAGUCUUUAUCCUCUCGCUUUUCUUGAGCUAUUGACAGACGAAGACUUUGACUGUUCGCCACUCGCACACGAGCGAAUACGUCUCUGUUCGAUGACACCGUCCACAUAAACUAGCGGCGCUUCAGCGUCUUUCUGCGUUUACGGAAUGCAUCACCAACCUUGCCCAUGCCGCUGACAUCGACGUUACUCAUAUCGGAUUCCAUGUCCGAGCGCUUCUUAGCACGGCUAGACAAAUCAAGACGACGCGAGUCGAGUCCCUCGUCGCGGAAUUUACGGUCGAGAAUGGACCAGUCUUCACCGCCGUAGUCUUGCUUCUUCGUUUUGCGGACCUUUUUAAGCUCUUUCUUAGAAAGUUUCGGCAAACGUGUGUAGUUGCUUUCUUCGUACUCGGUACGCUCACGCAUACGUUGCAAGUCCUUCUCAUCUGCAUGAAUGACACGACCGCGGCGCUCCAAGUUCGCACCGACACUUGGUAAUGAUUGGGGAAGUGAGGAGAGGUCACUGGAGACGAAUUCGUCAACAACAGCGUUGGGGCGAUACCGCUGUUUCUUCUCACUGUCCAUGGAAACGGCGUGAAUGCGGGGAGGACGAUAUACACCGUCACCAUUCUUAUCACCAGAGGCACCUUCUUCGUCCUCAGACUCGUUUUCGCUGUCGGUAAUGUUGUCCAGGUUGGGCUUGAAUUGAAGCUUAACAGUCUCGUCUUCUUCAUUGACAUUUUCAUUUUCCAUUAACCGUUCCACCUCCUGCUGGCGUUCAGAGGCUUGAAGAAGUUUGUUGAUAGAAUAUUGCAUUCGAUUUUCGAACGGCCGAAUCUUUUCCAUUUCCAAUCGUGUGCGCACCAAGCUUUCGACGACGGGUUCAAACUCUUCCAAAGAACGAUUAUCGAGCUUCGCAAGCAUUAGGAAGCCUAGCUUUUCAAUGUAAGAAAGAAGAAGCUCUGAUUUUAAAGAGAAUAAUGAAACUCCAUCUUUCAACGAAGGAAUUUCAUUUGGCAGAGCUUCCUUUGCCGCUUGGAGGCUGCUUUUCACGACAUCCAUACUGUCUGUUUGCUGCCUUUUAGGAGAGGAAGUUUGGUCUAGGUAGAGAAAAUUGGUGGGAUGUUUUCCGAGGAAGUGCCUCGGUGGUGGUGGCUAUAUACGCGGUCACUCGGAUAGUCUUUAGAUAAUUGAUAAAAUGUUUGUUUCGUGUGA